AUGAAAACUAUAAGCGUUUCCAUUUUCCCAUACAUUUGUUCUGUCCAUUUGUGUGCUUUCACGAACAGAGCUGUCAAUAACGAGCAUCGAAGGGGAAAUCGCAAGACUACAAGUCUCCGUGAACAAAGGAAAAGAAGAAGAACGAAGUGGAAUAUUUGCCUAGAGUAUAAACAGUGGAUCUCGCUGAGGCAAACUUUUAUUCUUCGUGAGGACACCGACUGAACAACAUCGUUGCUGGGCAAGCUUGACGGUGAGGAGUGGAGGAGUAGUACGAGGAAAAAGUAAAGUUUUCCAAGAGGCUUUUUGAAGAUACUUCGUGAAUUAGUGCAACAAUGAUCACCAUUUCUGAUACUGUCGUAGAGUAAAAUGAAACAACAGAUUUUAAUCAUCAACAUCGAUUUUGUAUUAUGUUUGCUUGAUGUAAUUUUCAACGUUGGUGGGCAUGAACUAACACAGCAUGGAUUGAGCGAUGAACAUAAACGCUAUCAAAGUUAUAACAAUCUAGACUAUUUUGGAAAUUAUGUUAUGUUUGUCGAAAAGAGUGAUAAUAGAAGUAGGAGGCAUAUGGCAAACUACAUGAGCCAAAACAAAUUCACCCUGAAACGUAAGAGGCAUGGAUUUCAACAACAUCAUAAAAAUAUGUUCUUCGUUCGCCACAAUGUCAACGUAGUGAAGGAAGAACGCAACAACACCAAAACCACUCACUCUAUACAUUGGCCAGUGAAACGGGAAGCCGUCGUAGAAGGCGAUCUGAUUCUUGGUGGUCUAAUGAUGGUCCACUCUAGAGAGGAUUCUGUUACAUGUGGUCCUAUCAUGCCACAAGGAGGCAUACAAGCAUUGGAAACUAUGCUUUAUACGUUGGAUAAAAUCAACAUGGAUAAUCUCAUACCUAAUGUAACUAUCGGAGCACACAUUUUAGACGAUUGUGAUAAAGAUACAUAUGGCCUCGAAAUGGCAGUUGAUUUCAUAAAAGGAUCCAUUAGUAAUAUAGAUGAUGCCACAGACUAUGACAGUUGCAGCAGGGGUCACAAGAAAAAAGUGAUCUCGGGGGUAGUGGGGGCCGCUUCUUCAGUAACGUCCAUUCAGGUGGCAAAUUUGCUACGUCUCUUCAGAAUUCCGCAGGUAUCUUACUUUUCCACAAGCCCUGAACUGAGCAAUAAACAAAGAUUCGAGUACUUCUCACGAACUAUUCCUUCAGAUCACUAUCAAGUUAAGGCAAUAGUGGAUAUUGUACGGAAGUUAGGUUGGAGUUAUAUAUCUAUAAUUUAUGAGGAGAGCAAUUAUGGUAUAAAGGCAUUCGAGGAGCUAGACGAUUUACUAUCAAAACAUGGAAUAUGCAUAGCUAUCAAAGAAAAACUGGUGAAGGAUUCGGGUGUUGCUGAAAAGGUGGCAUAUGACAACAUUGUAUUGAAGUUGCUAACCAAACCGCGAGCGAAAGGUGUCAUAAUAUUCGGAUCGGACCAAGAAGUAGCUGAAGUUAUGAGGGCAGUUCGCCGACAAAAUGUUACCGGUGUAUUCUCUUGGAUUGGAUCAGAUGGUUGGAGUGCACGGAACUUGGUGUCUGAUGGAAACGAAGCUGAAGUUGAAGGAACGUUAUCAGUUCAACCACAAGCCAACUCGGUAAUAGGAUUCGAAGAAUAUUUUCUCAAUCUAUCAGUUCUCAACAACUGGAGAAAUCCUUGGUUUGUUGAAUUUUGGGAAGAUCACUUCCAAUGUAGAUACCCUGGUUCACCUCUCACACCUUAUAAUGUUGCUUACACAAAAACAUGUUCCACUGCGGAGAAACUGUCCAGGAACAGUCUUGAUUUUGAAGAUCAAUUACAGUUCGUGAGUGAUGCUGUAAUGGCAUUUGGAUACGCACUAAAAAACAUGCAUCAGGAACUGUGCAAUGGUAGACCAGGCUUAUGCAACGAAAUGAAUCCUACGAAAGGUGCCGAGUUAUUGAAAUAUCUGAGAAAGGCAGAUUUCAUAGGUUUAAGUGGUGACCGUUUCAAUUUCGAUAACAAUGGCGAUGGACCAGCUCGUUAUAAUAUCAUUCAUUUCAAGCAAGUAGAAACCGAUAAAUACAAAUGGAUCAAAGUAGGUGAAUAUUAUCAAGGAGAACUGCGCUUGAAUAUAGAUGAUAUUCAGUUUAGUAUAAAGAACCCUCAUCCCCCAGAAUCAGUUUGUAGCAUGCCCUGUGAAAGGGGACAGGCCAAAAAAUAUGUGGAAGGUGAAGGUUGCUGUUGGCACUGCUUUAAUUGUUCGCAAUAUCAGAUUCGAAAUCCAUCCGAUGAAACUCACUGUGUGAACUGUCCUCGAGGAACGAUACCGGAUAUAUACCAUGAAAAUUGUCAACAUAUACCGGAGGAUUAUUUGAAACCCGAAUCUCCGUACGCCAUAGGAGCCAUGAUCUUCAGCAGUUUAGGAAUACUUAUGACACUAUUUGUAGUUGGAGUUUUCUUGAAAAACAAUGAUACUCCUAUUGUUCGAGCGUCAGGCAGAGAAUUAAGUUAUGUACUUUUAAGCGGAAUCCUGCUAUGUUAUGGUGUUACAUACGCACUAGUUUUUAAACCAAACGACAUUGUAUGUGGUGUACAAAGGUUCUGGUCAGGUUUUUCCUUCACUGUAGUGUACGCUGCACUUUUGACGAAAACUAACAGAAUAGCACGUAUAUUCAAUGCUAGUACCAAAUCAGCGAAACGCCCGUCUUUCAUAAGCCCACAUUCACAGCUAGUUAUUUGCGGAAUUCUAAUAUCCUUCCAGAUACUCAUUAAUGCUGUUUGGAUGGUUGUUUCUCCUGCGCAUGCGAUGCACCACUAUCCCACGAGAGAAGAUAAUUUACUUGUCUGUAAUUCAUAUACCGAUGCAUCAUACAUGAUAGCAUUUUUCUAUCCAAUAUUUCUAAUCGUGAUCUGUACUCUGUAUGCGGUACUUACUCGUAAAACUCCAGAAGCAUUCAACGAAUCAAAAUACAUAGGUUUCACUAUGUACACAACAUGCGUAAUAUGGCUGGCUUUUAUUCCGUUAUACUUCGGAACGGGAAACAAUGUCCAACUUCGUAUAACAACUAUGUCUGUCACAAUAAGUUUAUCAGCAACAGUGACUCUUGCCUGUCUAUUUUCACCUAAGUUGUAUAUCAUCCUUAUACGACCAGAACGCAAUAUUAGACAAAGCAUGAUGCCUAUUCGAUAUAGUACCAUCAACAAAACAACCGGAUCAGCGCAAUCAUCAAUGAUGGCAGCUGUUAUUGUCUCGGCAGCAGCGUGCAAUGAGAACGAAAAAGUAAUAAAAAAUGUUUCAAAUGAAAAUAUUACUGGUGCGUACUAGAAAUGAAACAAUGAUACAAUAGCAUCCAAUAAGAAUAA